AUGGCCAGUCAUACGGACAGUACGGACAGUACGGGCGUACGGAGAAUGAAGGGCGAGAUCUGGCAGGACGUACUAGAAGACAGCUUGACGGCUCCAGUCAACGUGACGAUCCGAGAGCUGAAGGCCAACUACGGCGUGGUCACGUGGGACAUCCCAGAGGGGGACCCUGUCAUCGGGUUUGCCAUCACCCAGCAGAAGAAGGAUGUGCGCAUGCUGCGCUUCAUCCAGGAAGUGAACACCACCACGCGUAGCUGUGCAUUAUGGGACUUGGAGCAGGAGACGGACUACAUAGUGCAUGUGCAGUCCAUUGGCCCCAGUGGAGUCGAUUGGCCCAGCCCUCCCAGCCAGCCGCUACACUUCCGCACGCCCGCUGCAGCUGAGGCCAACAAGGACGAGAUUACCAUGGAGGAGGUGGGACAAGCCAAUCAACUGAGGGCGGGGGAGAUCAUCAUCAUUGUGGUGGUGCUGAUCAUGUGGGCAGGUGUGAUCGCUCUCUUUUGCCGUCAGUAUGACAUAAUCAAAGACAACGAGCCCAACAACAACAAGGACAAAGCAAAGAACUCGUCAGAGUGUAGUACCCCCGAGCACCCUUCAGGGGGCCUGUUGCGCAGUAAGUACGCCCAGAACAACAACGUCAACAACAACAACAACAGGACGCCAUCUGUGCACAUCAUUGAGGUGUGA